GGCAGUACCAGGUGAUUGGAGUCGGAGCAGGAACGGAGAGGUUGAACUACACAGCGUAGCUGCCCCCUCUGCACUAUGCGGAUUGCAGGUCCUGUCCGUGUUAUUGUGAUUCUUCUUACUGUCGGUCUAACAUGGAUAUUAGCCAGCAUAAUGCUGGGGACACAGAGCGGCUUCCCUCGGAUCCCGGCGCUAAUAGGAGGCCAUGAACCCAUGAGCACUGCAGACCCUCGCCCCCGGAAGUUUAAAUGCGGCCUGCCACGGCCCUGUCCAGAGAAGCACUUUGCUUUCCGCGUGGUGAGCGGAGCUGCAAACGUUAUUGGACCAAAAAUCUGUUUGGAGGAUAAAAUAUUGUUGAGCAGCAUCCAGAAUAACGUGGGACGUGGACUCAAUGUGGCUCUUGUGAAUGGAGUUAAUGGAGAGCUCAUCGAUGCAAAAACUUUUGAUAUGUGGAGUGGAGAUGUGUCCGAGCUGCUGAAUUUCUUACGGCCGAUCCAAGAGGGCACCGUGGUACUUGUAGCUUCUUUCGAUGAUCCAGCAACAAAGAUGAAUGAAGAUGCUCGGAAGACAUUUGCAGAGCUGGGAAGUGCUUCAAUCAAAGAUGUUGGUUUCAGAGACAGUUGGGCAUUCGUUGGUGCAAAGGGUGUGCAGGACAAAAGCCCAUUUGAACAGCUCAUUAAGAACAAUAAAAACACCAACAAGUAUGAGGGCUGGCCUGAAGCUGUGGAACUGGAGGGGUGUAUCCCACAUCGCACACGGGAAGAGGAGUGACCGAGAUAUUAAUAAAGCAAGGGCGCUCUCUAGUGGUGGCCCAUAUUGGGCAUGCUGUAAUGUCAGCACAUGGUGAUCUUUCUCUAUCUGCUGCUGCCUAUCCCCCCUCAUAAGAACGAGUCUUGGCACCAUUUACGUCAUUCUCAGCCCUGAUCUGAAUUGGUAUGACUGUGGAUCAUAAAGCCGGCUCCAGCGUGCUCGUACCGCAAGAGCCUUAAUGUUCACUGCAGGAUGAGGCUUGAGAAUCACAUUAAUUGAAACCUUGUGCUUCCAUCAGCAAGAUACAAGGAAUACAGAACCACACAGGCACUUUGCCUAAUAGAAAAUAUUCACCCCAUCCUGUUUGUGAUGAGAAAAUGGAUUUUUAAAGGGCAUGUGAAGGCAAAAAAAAAUAAAAUCCAAUUGUUACUUUCUUUAAUGAAAAAGAAACCAAUCUCCAAUAUACUUUAAUUAAAAAACGUGUACUGUUUUUAUAAGAAACCUGACUGUAUGCAGUGAAAUUCUCCCAUCAUUUACUGCUGUGGAUAGGAAUUGUCAGACGGUCCCUAACUGCUCUGCAAGGAAACCAUCAUACUUAUGAACAGCCGGGGGAGCCCCAGCCUUACUUUCCAGCCAUGCAGAACUCAAGCAGCUUUGUUUGUUUCCAGAGCCAGGCCAACCCGGCCAGGCGCUCUAGGCUACCUGGUGGGCCACGGCGCUGGCUCGGUGCGUGCUCGACUGCGCAUGCGCAAAACUUUGUUCCAGCGUGCAUGCGCAGAAGCGCAUUUACGCGAAAGAUACCAGCGGCAGUCGGGCAGAGACGGGACCGGACACGGAGUAGGCGACAGAGCAGGUACAUGCCUGGUGCCCACCCAGCUUUGCGCCCUAGGCACGUGCCUACUCUGCCUACCCCCAGUUCGUACCCCGACUGUGUAGAGAUUUGUAUUGGAUUUUAUUUUUGCCUUUACAUCCCCUUUACUGUUUCCAUCUCCAGCUGCAGGGACAAAGAUCAUGGAGCCAGAUUUAAACAGAUAAACUGGGAUUCUAUUUGGAGGAUUAUUUUGCUGCAGCCACUGGUUCUGCAAAGUUGGGGAAAGUUUGUAUUAAACAAUAGAAAAACUAUAAAAUCCUCAUAAGAUUACAUGACAACACAGGACCCAGUGCAGUCUGUAUAUUCUGAUUAUUAAUCAGUGUUGCUGUAUCUGCUUCUGACAGAUAUUAUUUGUUUUGAUAAUUUAUGACGAUCCCUAAGCAGCCCAGACCACACUGAACAUGUGCACAGUCUUGGUCUUGCAAAGAUGCAUAACAAAGUUACAAGAUGGUGACCCCCUGUGGCCAACUUUGAAAGCAUAAAUCAUUUGUUUGAUUCGGCUUGUAGUGCAGUAAGUUCAUGUUUAUGUUUAGUAUACAAAAUACAGCAUUUCUAGCCUAAUUCUAUUUUAGACUUUACUUGCCCUUUAAUUUAUUUUUUAUUUUUUUUAAUUGAAGAUUUUAGAAAUAUCUUAUAGAGAUACUACCCAUGCAUCAACAUGUUCUUAUAAUUUUAAGCCUCAAAAAGUACGUUGAACUUAGAAGCACUGUAGCCAUUACAGUACAAUCGAAACCCCCAUCAAUCGAUCAUUUAUUGUUUUCGUACCUGCACUGAGCAGUUAUUCGUUAUUUUGCACAAAAAUAUGGCUUUAUAAUUGACUGACGGAUUGUUUUACUGAUUGUACAUGUUCAUUCGCACUCUGAUGCACCAGAAGGAGUAUGCGCGAGAUAGGGCACCCAGUACUGUACGUAGAAUACAAGGUUAUAUGACUGUAGGUGUUUGAGUGUAGGAGUGCAUGAUGGGAAGGGGGAUUAUUGAUCAGGUUGUCCUUAAAACUUUCACCAAUAAAAAUAUUUCCGUUUGAACAGUCA